GGUUGGGACUGAUAGGGAGGUUUAGGGAGAGGAGAAGGUGGGAAGGUGUCUGUGAAGGAAGAGAGAAUAUUUCGCUGAUUUGGUGCUCAAGCCUUCUGAAGUAUCCCCGAAUUUGUUAUAACGGCUUUAUAGUCCCUAUUAUACUAAUUUUAAAUAUCAUUAAAUUCUUUAAACUUUUGAAAUAAACCUGAAAAUCUUAGAAGUCGAUCACUGAUUUCUUUGAAAAUUUAAACACAUCACUUAGGUUGUUUUAUAUCUUGAAAUUUUAUCACAUAUCAUUAAAAUAUAUAAUCAAAGAUUAAGCCAUAAAGCUUAGUCCCAUUGCAUUGGUUAGGUCACAGUGCAUAUAAAAAGUCAGUAAUACCUAAUUAGAAGCAUCCCUAGCUAGUCUGAAGACUUUGUCCAAACAUGCCAAUGGUGGUGAAUCCAACCACCGUUUUGAAGAGUUCAUGUCUGACAGCAAGAUCCUCGACUCAUAAACUAGUUAUCACGGUGAUAUUAGGCUUACAACAUUUAUUGAUGGGAUUUGGGAAUUCUUAAGACAAAGUUUCAGAACUUUGGUCGGGAAAAUCUUCAGAGAUCUUGCUUUAAAAGGAAAAUUUUAACCCAAAAUUAAUAAAUAUUAAAAUUAACAAGAUGGAAGACGAGAAAUACAGUGAAUAUAAGAGAAAGAGCACGAAUAGAGAGAUUGACUCAUCCAGGAAGCAUCCAAACUCCGGAGAGUGCAAAAUUACACCUUUAAACCUAUCAAAGUUCCCAGAUAAAGAAGAGAGAAAGGAAUUAGCUGAUAGGCUGAAACUUAAUGAACAUCAACUCUUCAUUGAAUGCCUGAAAACUUAUGGGAAAGACUGGCAAAAACUCGAGAAAUCGAUACCUAGUAGAACGAGUUACCAAAUUCGGAACCAUGCUAAGAAGUUCUUUGAGAUGAUCAAGAAGCAGUAUGGGGCUGAAGACCCAGUAGACUUCUUCCUCAAGAAUCGCCCCUUGAAUAUAAAAAUCGAGAGCUUAAUCAAGCCAGAGAGUCUGGAGAGAUCCCAAUUUCCCACUGGGUCUACAUACAUCAAAGGCAAGGAUAACUUCACUAAAAUGGAGCCACUGAUCCCAAAGGCAAAGAAGAGUAAAAUCAGAAGUGUCGAGGAAAGUUUCAGAAUGAAGCUCAAAAGAUCGAGCAAUGAAGUCUCCUUUAACAGGUCCUCUGAAGAGAUGGAACAUCCUUCCAAAAAGUUCUUCAUUGAUCGGUGAGGAAACCCUCAUGAAGUCAGCACAUCAGCAAUGUCGACGCAUAUUGACUUAAAAUAAAGGGGAGCUUAACGUCAAAGGCAACGAGAUAAUCACCUUAGUGCCCUGAGAAGUAGAAACCAUCUGGGAAAGAGAUGGAACUGAGAAAAUAGUGUUUAACUCCAAAGUUCCAGUGAAAGUGAUCAUCUCCCAACUACACGUGGAUAAGCACAUGGUGUACGAUAUCCAGAAAAGGAUGUUCUUCCCUCUAUCAGAAUACUCACAGCUCGAUCUCAGGAUGUACUCUGAUUGCUCUCAAAGCGAGAAUACGCUAUACCAACAAAUGAUGGAUAUGGUAGAGAAAAAUUAUUGUCUAAGAGAAAUUAGACCAUAUUGAGGAAAUAGCUCAGAACGAAGAAUGUCAUCUCUCAACAGUAGCGGGAGGAACAUGAUUGUUGAUGCCAAUGGGAGCUUUCAGUCAUCUUCCUCUCCCAAUAGGAUUGACCAAGACCAGAAUGGGCAAAAUAGUGGGAACAAUUCUCAUCCUGUAUUUCAUAAUCAGUGCAAUGAAGACUUUUUCUACAGAGAAGAGAGUACAUAA